UUAACGUAGUAACCUUGAACCUGACUAGUGUAUUCAUGGAUUUCGGGGAGUGUCAAGUCGUCGUGGUCGUCGUCGUCGCGAUCAGCAAUACGUCCUCGCGGCAGCAGUGCACCGAUCGGAGAUGCUAACCGCGUAAAUAGGUGUCCCGUAAGUCCUCUCAUCCCCGUGUGUCGCAGUGGCACAGUUUGUCCUCCGCGUCAUUUGGUGCGUGGGUGUGUAAAAAGGAAGAGGACCCAAGGAUAACGUCGCGAUGGAUCCGGCGGUCUUCCCCGAGGAGAUCUGGAUCAAAAUCCUGCUCGAAUGCGACGUACCGGACAUCAUCGCCUUCGGUAGUACCUGCAAGUACCUGCGCAAAACCUCGGACACGGAUUACUUAUGGAAAAUGAAGUGGUUGCAACUGAUAUCGACAGUACAAUUUCAAUUUCCUGACAUGAAAUGCCUGCAGAUGCUCAGCGUCAGUUUCAAGGCCAUGUGUUACAGACUGCACAUGAUCUUAACAUUGAACGAGAGCAAUGAGAACUCCUUUCCAAAGUGCUGCAACUGCAGCAGCUAUACCUGUCAAAGGAACUGUGUUGAAGGUUCCAGCGUUAAAGUAGUUAUAGAGAUAGGAAACAAGUAUACCUGGGUUAUCACUCCAAAUUUUGGCUUGAGGAGGCACUUUUCCAUGCUUGGAUUUCCCAAAUACAACAGUGAAACACACGAUGUAGAACAAGUGACACAUCCACAACCACCGCCAAACAUUCCUAGUAGCAGUAGUCGGAGAAAAACUGAAAGCAAAUUUGUGACCAAGAAGUCUAUUGUAAAAUUAUUGAAACUUGCAGAGCCAGAGUCAACUAAAAUACCACCUCGCAGUGGUCCCUUCUGUGUUUUCUGUAAUUCAGUCCAGUUGUACAGAGAAAAGAGGAGAUUAGAGCAGCAUCCCAAUGAUGCUUCUUGUUACACUCGAUGUAAUCCUAUUUAUCAAAAAUUAGUCAACGGUUACUGCACAGAUACAGAACGUGUAUUGGGAAUACCAAAUAUAGAUUUGUUUAAUCCAGCUGAAGCACUACUUGUUGAUGGAACAUUUUCAGUUUUGAAAGAUUUUGUUGAUCAUCUCUUUCGUCAAAUGGGUCUAACAGAGACUUUGAGAAAACCAAAUGCUGUUCUUAUGUUCUGUGAACCAUUAGCUAUCCAUCCAUUGCUUAGAAAACAGCUUUUACAUUAUCUAUUUCAAGAAGUAAAAAUAGCCAGAGUUUGCUUAGUCCCCAAACCACUGGCAGCAUGUGCUAUGCUGGGCAUAGAAACUUGUAUUGUAAUAGAUAGCGGUGCUUUAAGUACAACUGUAGCUGUUGUGAUUGAUGGAAGAGUGAUACCACAACGUUGGAGAUUGAUACCUGUUGGAGGCUGGCAUGUAGCUUAUUAUUUGAAACAAGCAAUGAACUGGCAGCCAAAAGAGUUCCACGAGAUUCCUAUUUCUUACCUGGAUUAUCCUACAGUUAAGGAAAGGUGUAGGCUCAGUCUUGACAUUAGGAAAGAAGAGUUCGGUAGCAAAUCUGAUAGGCUUUAUAAAAGCAGUCAGAGCAAAGCUGAAAAGGUCGAUAUAGAUAUCAGAGUUGAUACUUAUGCAAAUUGCAAAAAGGAUUGGAGAAUUUCUUUGGGCUCGGAGUUAUACACAGCUCCAGAGCUGAUGUAUGUUAGUAUGGAUUUACCUGAGGUAGUAAAGCAAGUGACAAAAGGCCUUCCAGAAGAAAUAAGAGAAGACUGUUUAUCGCGGAUUCUUCUCACAGGCGGAAAUACAGAUCUAGCAGGCUUUGAGCUGCGAUUAAAGCAAGAUUUAAAAAAGGUUCUUCCUGAAUAUGCACAUAUCUUGGAGGUUAAAAGUUGUCCAGGCACUCACAGCUGGAAUGUAGCAAUGGGAUCUACUUAUGUGCCUUUGGCUGUGCAUCCUGAUAAAACCCCACCAGAGUAUCAGAAAGGAAAUCCAUUUUGGUUAUCUAGAGAGGAGUAUAUUCUAUUCGGAUGCGAGUCGCUUGCGGGUCAACAGCAAUGAAGAGCAUUAGAUGAGACCAUCGAUUUAUCAUUGUAAAGGAACGAGUAAGUUGUGUAACUGCGAGGGAAACAAAUAUGGGACGGAAAAAUGUACUUGUACAAUGUACACGCGUUACAAACGAUAUCAAGAGAGUAAAUUUUACCAUCUUACAAUAUAUUCUAUCCCAUGUUGUCUAUGAAUCCAUAGGGAUAGCAUGAAAUUUAAAGAUUUGUCCAACAUUUCUGAUCACUGAUCGAAAAUGGUGUUUUUAAAAAAUAUUCAUAUUAGUAUAUGUUUUUAGUUCAUGAAUGAAUUUUUAAAGAUGCUUGUUGUCUUAGAUCAAUCGAUUUAAAUGGAAUAAAAAAAUAUUUCAAUUUUCAAUUUUACAUGCUGAUAAAUUCCAGCUGAUGCUCCGUGCUUAGAUUGACGUGAAUCUGAUAGCAUUUUUUCUUGACAUUCCUGCAUAAUUAAGUUUAUACAAAUUUUAAACCGAUAAAAUCUAUGCAUACAAGCAUUAUUCUUUACAUAUAGACAAAUGCAUUAUUUACAUGAGAAUCACAUCAUUUUUAAACAUAACUAUUCAAGUUUAUACAAAAUCUUUAAAUCUUACAAGUUCUAUUAUGAAUGGAUUCUUUAUGCAUCUUCCAUUCUUGUGGAAAAGUUUUAAUAAUGCAAGAAAAGCUAAUUAUGGAAUUGACAAUGAUUUUCCCGAGCAUCGAAUAUGUAGAAUAUAUGUUAUUUCUGCGAUAACUUAAAAUUAUGAUAUCACUAUGGCUGUUUAAGAGCUUUGUUAGCCCUUUGUUGUUAUUCGUAAAUUUGAUGCACAUUUGAUAUCAAUUAUUAAUGUGCACAUAGUGCACUGCACUUGCAAAUAAAUUAUAUUGUCAAUAAUAUAAAAAAAAAAAUGAAAGGAUGUGUAUUACUGAGAGAUUCUUAAAAAAAUCAAUAAUGCACUAGAAGUAAAGAAUGAUUGAUUAUUCGAAUUCGUGAAACGAAGAAUAAUUUUUAAACGAGUAAAAAGAGAAGAAUGUGUCAUCUUUAUGAUUUACGAAAACUUUGGUUUGAAGAGUUAAACACAUCUCAUUAACUUUAUGUAUGAACGUAGUUAAGAUGAUCGUCAUGCGGAAAAGUUGUUUUGUAAAUAAUAAGAAGGAAGAAUGAGUGUACUAACAAAAUGCUAGACAAUAGUCUUGCUAGGUAAAAAGAAAAAUAAUUAUGUGAUAAAGAACUUAGUAUUUCUUAAAAAAAGAUAAGAAAACACGACAUAAAAAUGUCAGCUAUUUCGUAAAUUUAUAUUGGAUAAAAUCUUGCCAAAAAAAUAGAUAUGAGAUAAAGAAGGAGAACGAAAAAAAAAGUUAUAUAGGGAAGUUUCUAGUCAUAUUUGAAACUUAGGAUUAUAAGAGAGUUUACUUCCAAGUUAAUAUAUUCAGUAAUAAAAAAAAACCCUGUAGUUCGAAUAUUAGCUAUAUCAAUAUCAUAAAGCUCUACUUCUGUUAGGUUUACAAAAAGUAGUUAUAGAGGAAAAAAGUGUAAGCGAGCUAAGAAAUAUCAUUAGCAAGAAAUUAAAUAUUCGACUGUUGCCCAGAUAUUUAUCCGACAUUCUACGAAAAAGAAAUUGUAACGUGGACAAAAUUAUAAAAAAUAUCAUGCCAUGUUCUAUAUAUAUAUACGUAUAUAUGCACAUAAUGACAUUCUGCAAAGUACACUAGAAGAACUCAUUAUCCGAUAAUAUUCCGAGCCACAAAUUCUAUUUAGUGCAUUUAGAAUAAGUUUAGAUCGUCGACUACCUUUUCUUAAACGGUCACAGGAAGAAAUAAAAACAAACAAAAAAUAGAGCAUGGUUCGAACGUAGAGCUAUUGAAGUUAUUUUUUAUUUUAUUAAGAUAUAGUUUAGUUAUACCAAUUUUGAAAUGCUGCCCUACAUAAGAAUAUCUCUAAAUUUACGGCUUUUACAAAAAUUUGUACGCUUAGUAAUGCAAAAAAUAUAUAUAUAUAUAUAUAUAUAUAUAUAUGCUUGAAAAAAUAGUGCUGAUUUGCACUUGCAGUAACGUAAUGUAUUUAUAUAAUUGGUCAUGUACAUAGAAUUAUCAAAUGAGUUAUGUUAUUGUUAGAUCGACAAAAAGUUUGACAUUUUUUCGAUAAAUUUUUUAUUUUGUAUACAUAUUUAUUUAAAAUUAAAUCUAUCCAUACGAUUUCAACAAGAGGUAAUUAAAAUAAAAUUAGAUCGAAGGCGUAUACGAUUAAAUGUGAUCUAUCGAAUUAUUUAUCAUGUUAUAAAAUUGAAAUUAAAAAAAAAAAAAAUUAUAAAAUCUAUCGAAAAGCGUUCUUAUUGUAUAUGUUACAUUUAUCUAUUUUUAUAAAGUAUCUUUUCAAAGCUUUGUAAGUACACAUUAAAGCUCAGUACAAAUUAGAAAUCGAUUGUUAUUCAAUUACUUAUCAUUAAAAUGUUCAUAAGAAAUUUGUCAUGAAAUUUAUGCCCAGUAAUAAAGUAUAAAUUUUUGUUAAGCCGUACACAAAUAAAUACAAAGAUUCAGUGUAUCACUUUCAACAUUGUAGAUGUCUUUAAAAAAAAACCAAAAGUAUUUAGCGUUGGGCACUGCUAAUCAUUUUUGUGAAAACAUCUAAUUCAAUUCAAACUUUCUGGUUAUCAAUUUGAGAUCAAGAAUAUAAUUUAGAGAAUUUUACUUAUGUUAUUGCGCCCUAAGAAUAAUUCAAUUGAAUUAACACGGUACGUAAGAAUAAGCUUGUCAUCUCUAUCAAUAUGAAAAUUAACAUAUGCAUUUGAAGCAAAUUUUGGUUUCUUAUCCGAUCGAAACUAUCCUAACAUUCACCUCCUUCAUAAAAGUUUUUCUUGAAAAAUUAAAAAAAUGUGACCACGCGAUCUUUUAUAAAUAAAACAAUGAAAAUAUA